CUAAUAAUAUUCAAAAUGUGUGUCACGUGGAGAACGGUUAUGUUUUCCACCCUGCUGCUGUCGUGUCUGGAGGCUAGUGAUUGGCCUGUGGAAGAUACGGGCAAUUCUAUACUAACAUCCGGAUACAAGGAGUACGAGUACGAGCUAACACAGGCGAACAAUCUAUACCGCCAAGACGUUCUACAAAAGUCCUGCCAGUACAACGUUAAGGAUGAUGUUGCGGAACGGAUGGAAAAGCUGAAACAACUUCCAGCGGAUCAUCUGCUAAUCGAUCGUGAACAUAAGUUUCUGUACUGUUAUGUACCAAAGGUAGCAUGCACCAACUGGAAACGUGUCAUGAUGAUUUUGAUAAACAAAUGGAACGGCACGGAUCCAUUACAAAUUCCUGCUGAUCUGGCACAUGCUUCCGGAAUGUUUGAGACGUUUCAAAUGCUGAGCGAUGAGGAAAAAAUUGCUGUGCUGUCAGAUUACAACCGAUUCAUUUUGGUUCGACACCCGUUUGAAAGACUUUUGUCCGCCUUCCGCAAUAAGCUGGAGGCAAACUCCAAAAGUGCCAAAUACUUUCAGGCUCGCAUUGGCCGAACAAUCAUCAAAUCUUUUCGUAUGCACGCCACCAAUGAAUCGCUCACCAAUGCUGAUGAUGUAACGUUUAACGAAUUCGUACAGUACUUACUUACGCCGGAGCUGAGCAAAAAUGGAACCAUGUCCUUUAACGAACACUGGGAACCGAUGUCGAACCUUUGCCACCCAUGUUUGAUACACUACAAUGUUAUAGGCAAAUAUGAAACGUUGGCGGACGAUUCCUCUCUAGCACUGCAUUUGGUCGGUGCGCACGGUUUAACCUUUCCAAUGGUGUACAAAUCUUCCAGCACACGGGAGCGUUUAAUCCAUUACUUUAACGACAUUCCUUCGGAAACCCUGAAGCGGUUGUAUUUACUCUACGAAGAGGAUUUUAGAAAUUUUGACUACAGUCUAGAGGAAAUAUUUGGUUACGAGCUUGUUUAAGGGACGGGUUCCUCCUAGCUUUACUUGCACGUUGGCUCUCGUAUUUUUGUUCUAACAUUUUUAUUGUUUGUUAAGGGACACCGGUGUACUUACA